GGGUUAGUUUCCAGGAAGUAAGUCACGUAACCACAGGCUCAGCCUAGAGUACAUCUUCUUCAGACUUACUUAUUUAUUACUCGCGCAGCUAACGAGAAACCGGUGGAAGUGUUGAACCACUACCAAUAUGGGGGGUGAAGAAGAAAAGUAUGACGGUAUGUUGCUGGUUAUGGCCCAGCAACACGAAGGAGGAGUACAGGAGCUAGUCAACACAUUUUUCAGUUUCCUCCGACGCAAGACUGAUUUCUUCGUUGGUGGAGAUUCAGGGGCUGCAGAGAAGCUGGUCAAGGAGGCCUUCGAUCACCACAGUAAGCUGGCGCUGAAGGCCCAAAAAGAGAAGCAGAUGAAACAGGAGAAGGAAAAGAAGGAUAAAGCUGAAAGAGCUGCCAAGCUCGCUGAGGAGGAGAAGAAAAAUAAGUUUGACGAAGUACCAAGAAUUCAGGAGCUGACAGACGAAGAGGCGGAGAAGCUACAGUCUGAGCUCGACAAGAUGAAGGAUGAGGAGAAACUGAAGAACGAAACAGCGAAUGAAGAGAAGACAUCUGACAAAGGAGAGAAGGGGUCUGACUCAGAGGCAGAGGAGGAUGAGAAGGACAAAGAUAAACUGAAGCCUAAUUCAGGAAACGGAGCUGACCUUCCUAACUACAAGUGGACACAAACGCUGUCAGAAAUCGAUCUUGCCGUGCCUUUUGAUGUGAAGUUCCGCAUCAAGGGCAGAGAUGUCGUGGUGGACAUCCAGCGUCGCUCCAUCAAGGUUGGUCUGAAAGGCCACCCUCCUGUUAUAGAAGGUCAGCUCUACAACGAGGUAAAGGUGGAGGAGAGUUCCUGGCUCAUCGACGAUGGCAAAGUGGUUACUGUCCACCUGGAGAAGAUUAAUAAAAUGGAGUGGUGGAGCAAGAUUGUUACCACAGAUCCAGAAAUGAACACCAAGAAAAUCUGCCCUGAGAACUCAAAGCUGUCAGACCUGGACGGAGAGACACGUGGAAUGGUGGAGAAGAUGAUGUACGACCAGAGGCAGAAAUCUAUGGGCCUGCCAACAUCUGAAGAGCAGAAGAAACAAGACAUUUUGAAGAAGUUCAUGGCCCAGCACCCGGAGAUGGAUUUCUCUAAAGCCAAAUUCAGCUGAGAGUUGCUGUUGGGCUUGCAGUCCAUGUCCUGUUUUAUGUUAAAUCCUGUUGCAUCCGUCGUCAGGCACUAAACCAUCAUUUCUUUAUUGGAAACUGUUUCUUUGACUUCCUUUUCUUAAAUGCUUACGUUCACGAGUUUAUUUGCUGGAGAGUCUUUUUGAUAAAUGUGAGUUCAGCAUUUUCUCCAUGCAUGCAGUGUCUGAUAUUUAAAGAGAUCUGGAUUUUUUUUAAAUAAAUGGAAAAAUAAAUGGAUUUAAACUCAAA